CCCAGCCACCUCACCUACACACCACAGGAGACUCUACCCUUUUUGCUCUCCUCCCCCCUCCCCCUCGUUCUGCCUCCCGCCUCUUCUCUGCGCCCGCCGUCUGUCGCAAGAAUACAAACUCCCGACCGCGCCAUGUCUGCUGCCACUUCCUCUUCUCCCUCGCGAACCCCCCUCAAUGUGGACCUCGUCUCGCUGAUGUCCUCCUCGUCGACCCUCCAACCGUCAAGUAAUUCGGCCGGGCAACCGUCGGCCGGCGCGGCGGGCAGCAUCUCUGCCCCCGCGCCGGCUUCCGGUUGCCCGGCCAAGCGACCCCCAACCACCUCCUCCACUGUCCCUCCCGCCACCGCGGCCGGGACGACUUCCACAAACACCGCCGCCUCCUCGGCCCCGGCCCCGGCUCGCAUUGAGCCGAAGAUUCGCAUCGCGCGCGAGGACGAGGAUGUCGAGCGCGCGGCCGAGCUGGUCAGCGCCGCCUUCCAAUCGACCGCCCUCGCCGAGUGGUGCUGCAUCGACCCCGAGGAGCGCUCCCUCUACCUGGAUGCGCUGAAUGGCGGGGUCGUUCGCCAAAUUGGCCGCGAGGGCCCGGGGCUCGGGCACAUUUUCGUGUCCGGGGACUUCAAGGCCACGCUCGUGUGCUCGUAUGGCGCGUCACGCAUUGAGUUCCCCAAGGUCUACCCCAACCGACGGACCUUCGUCAUUGAUCGCCUUCUGGAGCAGGCCAACGAGGCCAUCAUGCCGCCAGACGACCAUUGGAUCUUCGUCCUCUUCCUGGCCACCGCGCCAGAUGCCCACGGGCGUGGCCAUGGCCGGUCCCUCAUGAAGGUGGCCUGUGCCCAUGCCGACCAGCUGGGCUACGCCAUGUACCUGGAGAACACAACCUCCAACGAGGCCAUCACCAAGUUCUACAAGUCCUUCGGCUUCCGGACUUGGCGCACGGAUGUCCUCGAUCCGCAAACCGACCUGGUGGUGCAUUACAUGCGCCGUGAGCCGCGUGUGGCACAGGCCAGCGUCGCUGCGCGCCUGGCCGCGGCGUCGAGCUCCUGUUCCCUGGCCCCCGGGCGCCAGGCCGGCGGAGCUGACGCCGCCCCGCCGAGCCCCCAGACUCUGGCCGAGGGCGCCUCGCGCCGUGGCCGGUCGCCCUCUCCCUCUUCCAUCGACCAUCCGGACCGUGCGAUGGCCUUCGCCGCGGCGGCCGACGCCGUGGUGUCGGUCCAGUCAUCGGCCGCCAUUUCCCGGAGCCGGCCCCCUCCGACGGCCUUCACCCGCGGGAAGCCGGCGUCUGCUUCGGACCCGGUCAUUGCGCCGUCGACGGCCUUCGACCCGGCCGCCGACCAAGUUACCGAGGCGACCUACCACCACCUGGCCCUUGGGUCACCGGAGGCCGCCGCGGCGCUGGCCUCCAUCUUGAACAUCUCCUCCGGCUGCGGGCAGUGUGCCUGCGAUGAGGAGGAUGGCGCCCCGCACUUGAACCACGAGACCGACUGCACCAGCGACUGCGAGGAGUUCGAGCUUGAGAACGUUCCCGAGGGCUGGCUCGGUACCGCAUCGGCCAUUGACUCGGAUGCUUCCUAUUGCGACUUGCUGUCCAACGUCAGCGGCUCGGACAGCGGCCACAGCUGCGGCGAGGCAUCGGACUAAUUCCCGCGCGCGCACCCCUGCAGCACAUCAUAUUUAUAUGAUGCACCCUUUCGAAUGAGAUUGGCUUUUCUCCCCCGACAGUUCCGCCCCCGGGCUCCGCGGCCAUACAAACACACACGCACACACACACACGCACACACACG